CCGGCCCGGCCAGUUCCGUCCCGGCGCGGCCGCCGCGAUGAACAGCGUGGGCGAGGCGUGCACGGAGCUGAAGCGCGAGUACGACCAGUGCUUCAACCGCUGGUUCGCCGAGAAGUUCCUCAAGGGCGAUAGCGCUGGCGACCCCUGCGGACAGCUCUUCAAGCGCUACCAGCUCUGCGUGCAGAAAGCAAUCAAGGAAAAGGACAUACCCAUUGAGGGCCUGGAAUUCAUGGGCCCAAGUAAAGGAAAAACUGAAAACUCCUCUUGAUGUCGGCUCUGUGGGUGGAGUCACUAACAGGAGCCUUUGGACUAAGCACCAGGUGUACCACAGAUGUCACCUGGAUAAGACCUUUGUUUAACUGCUUUCUAGGAAGUGACAAAUGUUCUCUGCUUGUGAAAACAAACAGCUAAAAGAAAAGAAAAAAAAGACUGGAUCAUGUGGUAACUGCUGCCUCCUUUCCAGUGGAAGUCGGUGGUGGUUCAGCAUAUAACAGCUUAAAAGUCCAUGUGAACUAACUUCCCACUGAAUGUACUCUGUAUCGGGGGAAUGCUGGUUGGAGUGGGCUGAGGUGGUUUCUUUGUGACUGAUUUCUUGUGCUAAUUUAUAUAACACUUGGAAGUGUUUAAAAAGAAUAUGAAGGGGGUUGAUGUACUUGCUAUCAUCUCUAUGCUGUUGAAUUUUGGUGAAGUUAGUUUCAUGUCAUUCUGAAUGCUGAAGGGCUUAAGCACUGUUUUGUGUCAGCUACAGAGAUGGUUUAAAAGCACUAAUGGACCUGCAGCGGCUUGGCUAAAAUAAAUAUAACCAGGUUAUAUUUUGUUCAAGGAGG